UUUUGACAUUGUGAAGAACCCCAUGGAUCUUUCCACAAUUAAACGCAAGUUGGAUACAGGGCAAUACCAAGAGCCGUGGCAGUAUGUGGAUGAUGUCUGGCUAAUGUUCAAUAAUGCCUGGCUUUACAACCGCAAAACAUCAAGAGUCUAUAAAUUUUGCACUAAGCUUGCAGAGGUCUUUGAACAAGAAAUUGACCCUGUUAUGCAGUCCUUAGGAUACUGUUGUGGCCGCAAGUACGAGUUUUCUCCUCAGACUUUGUGCUGCUAUGGCAAGCAGCUGUGCACUAUCCCCCGAGAUGCUGCCUACUACAGCUACCAGAACAGGUAUCACUUCUGUGAGAGAUGUUUUACUGAAAUCCAGGGCGAAAACGUUACCCUGGGUGACGACCCUGCCCAGCCACAAACAACCAUCUCAAAAGAUCAUUUUGAGAAGAAAAAAAAUGACACACUUGAUCCUGAGCCUUUUGUUGAUUGCAAAGAAUGUGGCCGGAAAAUGCACCAGAUAUGCGCAUUACACUACGAUAUUAUUUGGCCUUCUGGUUUCGUGUGUGACAACUGCUUGAAGAAAACUGGCCGAACACGCAAAGAGAAUAAAUUCAGUGCCAAAAGGUUACAGACUACUCGUUUAGGAAAUCAUUUGGAAGAGCGUGUAAAUAAAUUUUUGCGACGACAGAAUCAUCCAGAAGCUGGGGAAGUCUUUGUGAGAGUAGUAGCCAGUUCAGAUAAAACAGUAGAAGUGAAACCAGGAAUGAAAUCUAGAUUUGUAGAUUCUCGUGAAAUGGCUGAGGCCUUCCCCUACCGAACAAAGGCUCUUUUUGCUUUUGAAGAGAUUGAUGGUGUGGAUGUCUGCUUUUUUGGCAUGCAUGUGCAAGAAUACGGAUGGGAUUGUCCACCUCCAAACACAAGGCGUGUGUACAUCUCCUACUUAGACAGUAUCCAUUUCUUUCGCCCAAGAUGCCUCCGGACUGCUGUUUAUCAUGAAAUCCUUAUUGGGUAUCUGGAAUAUGUCAAGAAACUGGGGUAUGUUACAGGCCACAUUUGGGCCUGCCCACCAAGUGAGGGUGAUGAUUACAUCUUCCAUUGUCACCCGCCUGACCAAAAAAUCCCCAAACCUAAACGUCUACAGGAGUGGUACAAGAAGAUGCUGGACAAGGCCUUUGCAGAGAGGAUCAUUCAUGAUUACAAGGAUAUCUUCAAACAAGCAACUGAGGAUCGGCUGACAAGUGCCAAGGAAUUGCCCUACUUUGAGGGUGAUUUUUGGCCCAAUGUGUUAGAAGAGAGCAUUAAGGAGCUGGAACAGGAAGAGGAGGAAAGAAAAAAGGAAGAAAGCACAGCAGCUAGUGAAACAACAGAGGGAAGCCAGGGUGACAGCAAGAAUGCCAAAAAGAAGAAUAAUAAGAAAACAAACAAGAAUAAGAGCAGCCUUAGCCGAGCCAACAAGAAGAAACCCUCCAUGCCUAAUGUGUCAAAUGAUUUGUCUCAGAAGUUAUACGCCACAAUGGAGAAGCAUAAAGAGGUCUUCUUUGUAAUUCACUUGCACGCUGGGCCAGUCAUCAACACCCUGCCCCCCAUCGUGGACCCCGACCCGUUGCUCAGUUGUGACUUGAUGGAUGGUCGGGAUGCCUUCCUCACGUUGGCAAGGGACAAGCACUGGGAGUUUUCUUCGUUGCGGCGCUCCAAGUGGUCCACCUUGUGCAUGCUUGUGGAGCUGCACACCCAGGGGCAGGAUCGCUUUGUUUAUACAUGCAAUGAAUGUAAACAUCACGUGGAAACACGGUGGCAUUGCACAGUCUGUGAAGAUUAUGACCUCUGCAUUAACUGCUAUAACACCAAGAGCCAUGAGCAUAAGAUGGUGAAGUGGGGCUUGGGCCUGGACGAUGACGGUAAUAGCCAAGGAGAACAGCAGUCCAAGAGUCCCCAGGAGUCCCGUCGCCUCAGCAUCCAGCGAUGCAUUCAGUCCUUAGUGCACGCUUGUCAGUGCCGCAAUGCAAAUUGUUCGUUGCCAUCCUGCCAGAAAAUGAAGCGUGUUGUCCAGCACACCAAGGGCUGCAAGCGCAAGACUAAUGGAGGCUGUCCUGUGUGCAAACAGUUGAUUGCCCUUUGUUGCUACCAUGCCAAACACUGCCAAGAGAACAAAUGCCCAGUGCCCUUCUGUCUCAACAUCAAACAUAAGCUCCGCCAGCAGCAGAUCCAACAUCGUCUGCAGCAGGCGCAGUUGAUACGCCGCAGGAUGGCAACCAUGACCACCCGAAACGUGCCUCAGCAAAAUUUGCCUUCUCCUACCUCAGCAACGCCUGGGACCCCAACACAGCAGCCAAGCACCCCACAGACUCCACAGCCCCCUCCCCAGCCUUCCCCUGUUAAUAUGUCACCAGCUGGUUUUCCUAGUGCAACAAGAACUCCAGCUCCCCCUCCCAUUUCAGCUGGCAAGCCUUCCACGCAGGUGACUGCUCCCCCUCCACCCGCCCAGCCUCCGCCAGGAGCUGUGGAAGCAGCUCGGCAGAUUGAAAUUGAAGCAGCCCAGCAGCAGCAGCAGCAACAGCAGCAGCAGCAGCAGCUCUACAGGGUGAGCAGCAAUGGCUUGCCUCCAGGCCGAACAGGAAUGGUGAACACAGCAGUAGGUGCGGUGAACCCCAUGCAGCAGGUUGGCAUGAAUAUGCCCCGGCCUAACUCAGUGAGUGGCCCAGUAUUGCCCAACUUGCAGCCUGGGCAGUGGCAGUCGUCAGCUCCAGUGCCCCAGCAGCAGCCAGGAAUACCAAGGCCAGUCAUGCCCAUGCCUGGCCAACAAACAGUAACUGGUCCAAGAAUGCCAGGUGUGCAGCCGCCAGCCCGAACAAUUCCUCCAAACGCUUUGCAAGAGUUACUGCGGACUUUGAAAUCUCCCAGUUCCCCGCAGCAGCAGCAACAGGUGCUGAAUAUUCUGAAGUCGAACCCGCAGCUUAUGGCAGCUUUCAUAAAGCAGAGAACAGCCAAAUACGUAGCAAAUCAGCCUGGCAUGCAGCCCCAGCCCCAGCCAGGCAUGCAACAGACUCCAGCUCCACUGCAGCAGCCACCUCCACCAGCAGGGUUGCACGCUCAGACAGGUCUGCAGAAUAUGAGUGCACUGCCAGCAGGUGUCCCGCGACCAGGUGUUCCUCCCCAGCAACCAGCCAUAGGAGGCUUGAAUGCACAGGGCCAGUCAAUCAGCAUCAUGAACCCAGCUCACAAUCCUGCUAUGGCCAACAUGAGUCCUCAGUACAGGGAGAUCCUGAGAAGACAAUUACUGCAGCAGCAGCAGCAGCAGCAGCAAGGAGGGGCCGGGCUGGCAACUCACAGUCAGUUCCAGCAGCCUCCAGGCCCUGGAGGUUACACACAAGCCAUGCAGCAGCAGCGGAUGCAACAGCAACAUCUCUCAAUCCAAGCAGGGGCCAUGGGCCAGUUAGCUCAGAUGGGGCAGCUGAAUCCGAUGGGGCAGCCAGCCAUCGGAGCUGACAGCAGCCCUAACAUUCAGCAAGCUCUGCAGCAGCGACUCCUGCAACAGCAACAGCAGCAGCAGCAGCAGCUUAAAUCGCAGAUUGGCUCCCCAGGCCAGCCCAAUCCCAUGAGCCCCCAACAGCAUCUGCUCUCAGGACAAGCCCCCACAUCACACCUCCCUGGCCAACCGAUCAGCACCUCCCUCAGCAGCCAGGUGCGCUCUCCAGCACCUGUUCAGUCCCCCCGGCCUCAAUCCCAGCCACCACAUUCCAGUCCAUCCCCCAGGAUACAGCCCCAGCCCUCUCCUCACCAUGCCUCACCCCAGACUGGCUCCCCUCACCCUGGGUUGGCUGUUACAAUGGCUGGCUCCAUGGAACAGGGACACCUGGGCAACCCAGAGCAGAGUGCAAUGCUUCCCCAGCUCAACCCCCCAAACAGGAACGUGUUACCAAAUGAGCUGUCCCUGGUUGGCGAUGCCACAGGAGGUGACACGCUAGAAAAAUUUGUGGAGGGCUUGUAGCAUCACAGCUUCUCUCGUGUUCCUGGACUUCUUGAACUGAAAAAAACACAAAGACUUCUAGUUUGAGCUAAACCCUAGAUGGGACUAAUUCAUCCUCUACUUGUGAAUGGAUGAAUGGCUGUUUAAAAAAGAGAAUAUAUAUUUUUUUGUUAAAGCCAGCCAGGUGUGGUUAAAAUAUCUGGUCUCCUUGUUGUGGGUUUUUUUUCUUUUUUGUUUUUUUUAGUUGUUACUGUUGACUUUACUUUUUUAAAGGGGAAAACGAGUCCAUUAUAUUCAUAUUUUUAUUUGUACUUUCAAGACUAAGCAGUGGUGUUUAGCAGAGAAGAAAAAUAUUCACAUUCUAAUGUAUCCUGCUAAGUUUCUGACAUUUGGCAGAAAGUUUUGUUUUGUUUUAGUCUUAUUCUAUUCUGAAUUUUGCAGGUAUCCUAAGUAUUAUUACCCCUGGGAAAGAUAGGAACUGACUCUUGCACACACACACACAUUGCAGAUGUAGAAAUUGUUGCUUGUUUCUCUGAUAAAACUGGUUUUAGAUUUAAAAAAAUAGGGACACUCACUACUUAGGACAUGUUAAUUUUAACAGGGAAGAAGUGUAUUCUGUAAUUCUUUGAUGUGAACUUGAACUGAGGAAAAGCAAUUAUAGUGUAAAUCAUGCAAACUCUAUAAUUACUAUAAAUAUGAACAAUUCAAGAUUCAAUCACUGUAUAGAGGGGGGAACAAACUCAUUUCUUACUUCUAUAGCAUAUUGUUAAAUAAACUGUGUGCAACAGACAAAAAGGAUGUCCUUGAAUUCAUGUACAUGGUAUUAACUUAGUGUUUGGAUUAUUUUUUUUGUUAUGAAAAUGCUGUUUUCAACAUUGUAUUUGGACUAUGCAUGUCUUUUUUCCAUUGUAUAUAAAGUAUUGCUUAAAAGUGAUAUAAAUUACUGAAGUUUUUAACAUGUUUCUGUCCUUUAAAAUCCAUGUAAGAUUUUACAUGUUCAGUUUUUAUUUGAGCGUGUGCCUGUGUGAGUAUAGGUAGAUCAAUAAGACUGUGUUCACUGAAAGGCAUUCAGUAAGCAGUAGUACUCUCUACUUUACAGAACUCUUUGAGGUACUAAAGAGUAAUACUUUUAUUACUCCCACUAAUACUUUUCUGUACUAAUUCAUAAGAAUUAACUGAAAGUUACCAGUAUUUGCUUUUUAAAAAGUUGCUUUAGGGAAGGUUCACCAGUUUGACUGAAAACAGAAACAGAUGCUUCCUAAAGUAAAAUCAAAGAACAGGGUUUUCUGUGUCAUAACAAUGAAAAAAACUACACGACGUUAUUCAGAAGGGGCAAGACAGUAUCUUUCUAUACUAUCUACAAGCAUUUAUCUGUCAUUCUUCAUCUGAGGAUGGCUUUUGAAGAGAGCAGAAUUGGGCAGCUUAACUCUGCCUCAUACAUUCAACAAUCACUAGGAAGCAGUAUGUGACCAGUUUUGCCAUGUACUGUAAUUGAAAACAAUUUAACUGUAUUUAAUGUAUUACAAUUUCAGUGUAACUGAAACCACCACACAGGAUAUACACUGUAUAAGUACAGAGAAAUCCAUCCUCCUGAGGAGGGGGGAUAUGGAAGUCAUGUAAAACCCUCCUAUGUGGGGACAUGACAUUGUUUGUUUAACUUGCAUGGCUGCCCAUCUCAUAUACAUUACUCUGGGCAGUUAACAAAAGAUGUUGCAAUGUUGGGAACAGACUGAUGCUUAAAAUAGAUUUGCUCAAUUUAAUAACAUAAUUGCUUUGCUUUUUUAACAUGGGGGAAAGUAAGAAAUGAAAAGCAAUAAUAUAGUUAGGCAGUCAUGCAUUACUAUCUCUAAAUGCAAGUUUUAACAGUUUUGGCUCCUGGCUGCCCAAGUGUUUGAGAAGCAAGAGUUUAGAGUACGGUCAGUAAAAAUUUUGCCCUCUCACAUCAUCUGCA